AGUGUACGGUGUUACUACAUCCGGGGUGAACCAGACGAACAGCCUUCUCUGCUUUUUUUCCCUCAUAUUCUCAGAGUGGCUGCCUCUUAUAGCGACAUGCGUACCAGAUAUUAGGGGCGACAAACCACAAGAGCCGUCACUGCAACUUCUUUGCUAAAGCUUGGUCGUUGGGCCCCAGACAAAGAUAUGACAGAGCCACGCAGCCCAGGCACAGCCUCCAUCCCUCAGACUGUCCCGGCAUCCACAGACACCAGCUCCCCGGCUGUAGAGAUGGACCCAGUGGAGUACACCCUGCGCAAACGCCUCCCUCGCAAGCUCCCCAAGCGGCGCAAUGAUGUCUACGUCAACAUGAAGACGGACUUCCGGGCCCAGCUGGCGCGCUGCCAGAAGCUGCUGGAAGGCGGGGGUCACCGGGAGAUCUGCGUCCAUGGCCUGGGCCUGGCCAUCAACAGGGCCAUUAACAUCGCUCUGCAGCUCCAGGCCAGCAGCCAGGGGGCACUGCAGCUUGCAGCCAACACCUCCACUGUAGAGCUGGUGGACGACCUGGAGCCCGAAGAUCCCGAUGAAGCCGGGGAGCCCAUGACACGCACACGCAACAACUCAGCCAUUCACAUCAAGGUGUUCUACCCUGACCCUCAGUGACCAGGCUGGACAUUUGCUCUGUGUGACCCACUGGGCAGGGUUUUUCCCAGAUACCUUCACUCCUCACAUCAUCUGUUCCCUCAUAAACCAGUAGAAAGAAAUUGUCAUAGCCAUCAUGAGGCCAUGAAGUUUUGGGGGGUGGAUAUCUGUGAAGCCUGGAGUGUAGGAGAUGAGGACAUGUAGGCUUUAAACUGUGCAGGAACACCACAGUUUGCUGUAUGAACGGCCUUAGUUGAAUGAAUGUUGUAUUUCAGUCAUGUCAAAUGUGAAUUGUCAUCGUCAAGAGGGUAUAUUUCUGCUUUAUUGUUGUAUCCUAAGUUUGCAUGUCUUGAAGCCAAUAGCAAUGGAUGGAUACCGCCUCUGGUGUGUGACUUUCAGGUCAAACUCCAAAGUGGUAUCUUGAUAUUUGUAGACAUGGCUGUGCCAAAAUACAAAUCUGUAAAUAUCUUUUUAUUAAGGCAUAAGAGCCUUGUCCAGUGUUUACAGUUUCAUUAUUUAAGUGUGUAUGUUUAUAAAAGGGCAAUGAAAAAAAAAUACCAUGCCAUGCAAAUAAAUGGAAAAACAGAAAAGUUCUAGAUUUUUU